AUGAGUAAGUUCGGUAGGGGACAUAUUGUCGAUGACAGUAUCGAGAGGCACGCCUCGGCAUUCCUCCAUGAAGAAAUACCAGCAGACCUUCGUUCCCCAGUUCCAGGGCUCCACGACAGUAUUGGAGAAGGGGGCGUGAUGCAAGACGCGAGGCGCAGGGAUGGAAAGCUUUUCAUUCACGAAUUAAUCCCAGGCGGAAAUCUGGCGACAGGCCGAGCAUCACCAGGAUUGACGCGUUCCAGUGCUAAAAGUUCCUUCAUGCUGGCCGGCGAAGGCAAAUCUACUGUCUUUGUGUCGUUGGAUGAGUGGACAAUAUCGAAUGACUGGCAAGGGCUUACUGGUGGCAUGAAGGACGAAAUACUGUGA